AUCUCUCUUCGACGUCAAUUUUCCUAGUGGAACGCUCAACUUGACAAGAGUUCAAGUUUAUUGCCAUUGUUCUCGAUGAAGUACAGUGAGGCUGCAGCAUGUUGUUUGUUGAUUGCUAUCGUGGCAGUUAAUGGUUCGCUUAUUCAGCGGAGAGGAGAAAUUCGAACCCACAUUCGCAACUGUGUGAAGAAAACGGGAGUGCCGGGCAAGAAUGCUCUGAAAGUGCUGAAGGGCAACUUCAACGACGACAGCUAUGACGUCAAGAAAUUCAUGAAAUGCAUGUUCCAAGAAGUUGGUUUUAUCAAUGCGGAUGACGUGCUGCUGGAAAACUUAAUCCUGGAGAAGGUGCGUGAAAAUUUGGAGAAGGACGAAGCAGAUGAGUUGAUCGAAAAAUGUUCCAUUACGAGCGAUGACAUCAAUGAUAGAGCGUACCAAAUCUACAAGUGCUAUUUUGAGAAUCAUGAUUUACCUCCUGAUGUGUUGGUGCGGUAAAAAAUAAUUCUUAUACAAUGUGUAGUGCCUUUUUAAAGACAAUUCCUUUGAAUCCUGCUCAGCACCUUGGUUGGAAGAAUAGAAGGAAAUUAUU